GCGGGUCAAGCAUGUCAAACUCGCGGCUGGCGGGCCGCAUGCCUCGUUUAAAUAAACGCGUGACGCGUUUCGUGUUCGGCUAAAGUUCCAGGGCAGCGGAGACGCUGGGAGCCCUCAGUCCGCCUUCAGCGGGGGCGGGAGAGAACAGCAAGGUGGCCCCUGGGCCGGAGCACGCAUGCGCGGGAGCUGCGCCGCCGGCGAGCGUGUGACGUCACCGGCGCGCCCGUCUGAACGCGGAGUUUGGCUCCGGAGCGCGCAUCAAGAUAUCAACUUCCCUGAUUGAAUUUGCUUUGGACAGCAGAUCUGAUAUGCCACUGUAAAGCAGAUCUGAUAUGCCACUGGAAUUAAUAAAAGAAGUCAAUGGGGUGCCUGAAAAUGAGCCACUAAAUAAACUACACAAAGUAGAUUUCAGAUCUCUACAGCUAGGUUGUGAUUAUAGCAAGAAAUAUGUCCAGGGAAAACUUUCACAUAUCUCUUCUUUAACCUAUGGUGGAAACAGAACACCUAUUUUGAAGAUUGGACUACAAGAACAAGAAAAUUCAGAUUCGGAGAGUAAUGCCAUCAAUGUGUUAUUUUUUGGAAAAUUAGCAAAGGACUGUGCAAAAGUUUUCUCUGAAGGGGACACCAUUGCAGUGGCUGGUUUUAUUGUUUUGUCUUCACCUACAACAAGCAAAGAUGGUGAACAUUGCUUAUUUUUGAAAGCACUUGAGGACUUCAAGUCAACUGUUUAUGUUUAUGUUAAAUCUAUAAUAGAUUUUUCUACAGAGUCAAUGUCUUUGGUUCCAGCAACACGUUAUACGUACACACCGCUGAAUGAACUCAAAGGUGGCAUGAUUGUCAAUGUCUAUGGUGUUGUGAAGUUCUUUAAGCCUCCAUAUCUAAGCAAAGGAACUGAUUAUUGUUCGGUUGUUACAAUUGUGGACCAGACAAAUGUAAAGUUAACCUGCCUACUCUUUAGUGGAAAUUAUGAAAGCCUUCCAAUAAUUUAUAAAAAUGGAGAUAUCGUUCGCUUUCACAGGCUGAAGAUCCAAGUAUAUAAAAAUGAGACCCAAGGUAUCACCAGCUCUGGCUUUGCGUCUUUGACAUUUGAGGGAACUUUGGGAGCUCCUGUUAUACCUCGUACUUCGAGCAGGUAUUUUAACUUCACAACUGAGGACCACAAAAUGGUAGAAACCUUACGUGCGUGGGCAUCUACUCAUAUUUCACCCUCUUCGACGUUAGUAAAAUUGUGUGAUGUUCAGUCGAUGCAGUAUUUUGACCUGACUUGUCAGCUCUUGGGCAAAGCUGAAGUGGACGGAGCAUCGUUUCUUCUAAAGGUAUGGGAUGGCACCAGGACCCCGUUUCCGUCCUGGAGAGUCUGCGUACAAGACCUUGUUUUUCAUGGUGAUUUAAGUCAUAUCCGGCGGCUGCAGAACCUGGCAGUAGACAUUUUAGUCUAUGAUAACCAUGUUCAAGUGGCAAAAUCUCUGAAGGUUGGAAGCUUCCUUAGAAUUUAUAGCCUUCAUACCAAACUUCAAUCAGUGAAUUCGGAGAACCAGGCUACAUUGCUAGCACUAGAGUUUCAUCUCCAUGGAGGUACCAGUUAUGGUCGGGGAAUCAGAGUCUUGCCAGAAAGCAACUCUGAUGUGGAUCAACUGAAAAAGGCGUUAGAAUGUGCAAGUUUGACAGCCAAUCAGUGUUCAGAUGGUGUAUGUCAAUCGGAAUGUGAGGACAGCUUUCCAACAAGCUCUGGAUCAGUAUCAUUGUAUGAGGUAGAAAGAUGUCAACAACUAUCAGCUACAAUACUUACAGAUCAUCAAUAUUUGGAGAACACCCCACUGUGUGCUAUUUUGAAACAAAAAGCUCCCCAACGAUAUCGUAUCCGAGCAAAAUUGAGAUCGUAUAAGCCCAGAAAACUCUUUCAGUCUAUUAAACUUUAUUGUCCUAACUGUCAGUCAAUGCAGGAAGUUUUGCACGAAGGUGAUUUGGAUCGAAUUUUGCAAGAGAACGCAACUAAAACUCCCAAUACUCAACUACAAAAUACUUCAUUAUAUGAUUCGAAAGUCUGGGCCACUAAAGAUCAGGGAGAACGACAAGUAGCUGUUCAUUUUGUGAAAAAUAAUGGUAUUCUCCCACUUUCAAAUGACUGUCUAAUUUUGAUAGAAGGAGGUACACUUAGUGAAAUCUACAAACUGGCAGACAAGUUUCAUAGUGUAAUCCCUGUGAAAUCUGGCCAUGAAGACCUGGAACUGCUUGACCUUUCAGUACCAUUCCUUAUCCAAGGAAAAAUACAUCACUACGGAUGUAAAAAGUGUUCUAGUUUGAGACCAAUACAAAAUCUAAAUAAUCUGGUUGAUAAAGCAUCAUGGAUUCCUUCUUCUGUGGCAGAAGUAUUGGGCAUUUUACCCCUUCAACAUGUGUUUGUGAUGACAUUCACUCUUGAUGAUGGAACAGGAGUAUUGGAAGCUUACCUCAUGGAUUCUGACAAAUUCUUCCAUAUUCCAGCAUCAGAAAUCCUAACCAAUGAUUACCUUCAGGAAAGUAUGGAUAUCAUCAUGAAUAUGCUUUGCCCUCCAGGAAAAAAAAUUGAUACAUAUCCGUGGUUGGAAUGCUUCAUCAAAUCGUAUAAUGUCACAAGUGGAACGGAGCAGCAAAUUUGCUAUCAGAUUUUUGACACCACAGUUGCAGAUGAUGUUAUCUGAUAUUGACAUUCAACCUGGCAUAUGUAAAAUAUUGUAAUUUUAAAAACAUUAUUAUUUUCUAUGAGAUUGCUAUCAACAUGUAAAAGCUUUAGCUCAGUAGUUUAUUUUCCAUUGUAACCACUAUUUAAUUUAAAAAAAUAGACAUUGUGUUAUCCUAACACCUUGUUGUAAGUUGAAAAUGUUCCUGUUACUCAGAAAUACCCUGUAUGAUGGCUGCUAGGGUUAUAAAAGAAAGAGAGACAAUGAAUAAAUAAAGACUUCGCUUACUCUUCGUAGACCUUUCAGAGAAGCUAUUUUGUUCCUGCAUUAAAGUCACUUUCCCAUUGGUUUUGCCACUGAUUUCUCUGCCUUCCCCCAUCCCUGGUUGAGCUGCUUUUCUUGCCUAGGUCUUUGGAUCAGCAGUGUUGCAGUUAGCAUGGUUAUGGGAUUAGAAGAGACGGUGGCCUUAAGUCUGAGCUUUGACUGAGUUCAAGGAUGUAGUGGAUAGUGGUUCUGCUUUGCUUUAGUUUUGUACAAAGGGAUCUGCUUAAACCAAUACCCCUCAAAAAAAUGCUUCUCCAAAUGAGCCCCAGUGUACUUUAAAGAGGGGUUUACUUUAAGUGAAAGUGGUAGAAUUGUUUUCUUUGGGUGCUGAUAUUGAUCUAUUUAGGAUAAAUCCAUUUUUAGACCAGAAUGAUAUGCUUUGAUUGCUUAUUUCUCUGUAUGAUAUUAGAAGUCAUUCUAUUUCAUCCCGACUUAAGAAAGUGGUUCAGAUUCACCUUUAGUGUAUCUGGGUGCUGGGAAUGUGGUGUACUUUUUUUUUUUUUUUUUUACUGUGUUUACCUAUCCCUUCUUUAAACUUGAAACUAACCAUGUAUUAUGUGAACUGCGAAUGUAUGCAUGUAUGCUACUAAGAAUAAUGAGCACAAUCAUUACUGUCAGGAAUUCUUAGAUGUGAUAAAUUCCAACAAUUGGGAUAUCUUUAAAACACAGAAGGGGCGGGGGUGGGGGGGAGUACAGACUGCUCAACUCAUUAAAUAAUGUUAAAACAACUGAAAAAAUAAAAUCAUGAGUAUUCAGUUUUAUGAAACUACUCUAUAUAUCUGUAUAUAUGUGUACAUUUAUGUAUAUUUGCUAAAGACAGAUACAGAUUUUUCUAGUUCAAUCGUGAAUAAAUGCACAUAAUUCA